AUGGGAAAGGACGAUUUUAGAAUGAAAAGUAAAGCCGGCAGAGAUUGCUCUCAUAAUUCGUAUGAACACGAAAACGCGCGCGUUUUGCGCAAGACGAAAUUCAAAAGCCUCUGCAAGACCUUUAGCUUGACUGUAGAGCAGUCAGAAGCAGAGACCUCAUUUGUAUCGCUGUACGUCGGCCUCAAACACUGCUCACAUCGAUACACAGAGCAGACCGGUUUGACAAGGUCGACAGCAUCAGAAGUCAAGUCCACGUCACUCGCAGCUUUGCACGCAGAGAAGAGGAGGAUUAUGGCACAUCAAGUAGUAUUGAUCUCUGGCGCUAAUCAAGGACUGGGCUGGUAUGCGGCAAAGCAGCUGUCCAGCUUGCCAAAUUGGACCGUCCUUCUGGGCUCUCGGGACAUCAAGAAGGGCAACGAUGCCGUAGCAAGGAUCAACGAGGGUCAACCUCAGGCCAAAGUCCAAGCUAUCGAGCUCGAUGUCGGCUCUGACGAAUCGAUCGGCAAGGCUGUCGCUCAGAUAACAAAGGAUAUCGGACAGCUCGACGUACUCUGCAACAAUGCUGGCAUUGCCAUCGAUGGGAAAGACAGAUCAAUGUCAGUUCGCGACAUGAUGCAGCAGACUUACAAUGUCAAUGUUUUUGGCGCAGCGGCGCUAACGGAGGCUUGCCUGCCUCUGCUUCAAAAGGCUAGCUAUCCUCGCGUCGUCAACGUCAGCUCUGGUCUGGCAUCUCUCGGCAGUACAUCCAACACGAGCAUCAAUCUGAUCGGCUACAACACAAGCAAGACUGCCAUGAACGGCGUCACCGUCAUCCACUCCCGUAGGCUCACGGGAGGAAGAGUCAUCGCUGUUUGUCCUGGCUUCAACGCUACCAAUCUGAAUGACCACAAUGUCAAUGCAGGCGAUCCAGCCGAGGGCGCCAGAAUCAUUGUGCGCGCUAUCGUGGAAGGCAAAGAAAGUGACUUGCAGACGGGGUCAUACGUCAAUAAAUCCGGACCCAUUGCUUGGUAA